AAGCGAGCGAUUGUUUAUGGGAGGCUGAGUGGAGGACUUGCUUUUUCAGAAGCGGCAUUUCCUCCGCAAAGCUGCAUCAGCAGGAGUCAUGCCGUCCGAGGGUCGCUGCUGGGAGACCUUGCAGGCGCUGCGCAGUUCCGACAAAGGUCGCCUCUGCUAUCACCGCGACUGGCUACUGCAGGGCGAGGAUGUUUUAGAAGAUUGCACAUCGAUUCCCAAGCUGUCUUCUUACGCUGGAUGGGUGGUAGAUCACGUCCUGCCCCACACCCAGGAGAGCCUGGCUCCCUCCGAGACUGCGCCAUGCCCCGCAGGCCUGGGCCACCCGGCCUUUGCCCCCGGAUCUCCCGUUGGGAGCCCUGUCUGCUCACCAGCCUCCCCGGGAGCGCCAGCAACACCAAAUGGAACCAAGGGCAGAGAUGAGCCCCAGCACACGGAAGAGCCUGCGGCGCUGCAGUCCUCCAGGGGCACCCGGGUGGAAGGCUGCAUCCGGAUGUAUGAGCUGGUGCACAGAAUGAAGGGGAUGGAGGGCCUGAGGCAGUGGCAGGAAGCGCAGGAGAGGAGGGUGCGCGCUCUCUCUGAGAUGGCGUCUGAACAACUGAAGCGCUUUGAUGAACGGAAGGAGCUGAAGCAUCAUAAGGAGUUCCAGGACUUGCGGGAAAUGAUGGAGAAGAGCUCCAGAGAGGCCCUGGGCCAGCAAGAGAAGCUAAAAGCUGAGCAUCGUCACCGAGCAAAGAUUCUCAACCUGAAGUUGCGGGAGGCGGAGCAGCAGCGCCAGAAGCAGAUGGAGCAGGAGCGGCUCCGGAGGGAGGAAGGCCAGGGCCGCCUGCGGAGCCUGUACGCCCUGCAGGAGGAGCUGCUGCACCUCAACCAGCAGCUGGACUCCAGGGACCCACGUGGGGACCAGCGCGGGGACCCGCCGAAGGUGGACCUGUCGGCCUUCCGGACGCGAGGCAACCAGCUCUGCAGCCUCAUCUCCGGCAUCAUUCGGGCCACUUCUGAGGACGGCUUUCCCACGGCGGAGGACCAAGCAGUGGCCGAGAGAGCGCUGCGGGAGAUGCGGGAGCUCUGUGAGAGCGCCAGGGCCCAUGAGGACCAGAGGAGGCAGGAGGAAAAGGAGGCCCAGCUGAAGCAGCAAGCGUCACAGAUGCAGCAGGGGCCGGAGGUCCGCAGGGAGCCCCCCGCUCCCAGCCAGGGCCCGGGCGGGAAGCAGAGUGAAGACCUCCAGGUGAAGGUCCAGGACAGCACGAUGCAGUGGUACCAGCAGCUGCAGGAGGCCUCCGGUCAGUGUGUGCGGGCCUUCGAGGGACUGGCCAGCAGCAAAGACAGCCAGGUCAAAAAGAUCAAGAUGGACCUCCAGAAGGCGGCCACCAUCCCAGUGAGCCAGAUCUCCACGCUUGCAGGCUCAAAGCUGAAGGAGAUCUUCGACAAGAUCCACUGCCUGCUGUCCGGAAAACCCGUCCAAUGCGGUGGGCGCCCUGUGUCGGUCGCCAUGGACCCUCAGGGCCUGGACUUUGUCCAGUACAAACUGGCAGAGAAGUUUGUGAAACAAGGGGAGGAGGAAGUGGCCUCCCAUCACGAAGCUGCGUUCCCCAUCGCGGUUGUGGCAUCUGGCAUCUGGGAGCUCCACCCGAAAGUGGGGGACCUCAUUCUUGCUCACCUGCACAAGAAUUGCCCGUACUCUGUUCCUUUCUACCCCACUUUCAAGGAGGGAAUGGCCUUGGAAGAUUAUCAGAGGAUGCUCGGCUACCAAGUGAAGGGUUCCAACGUGGAGCAGCAGGACAACUUCCUAAAGCGCAUGUCCGGGAUGAUCCGUUUCUAUGCCGCCGUCAUCCAGCUCCAGUGGCCGUACAGGGCCCGACAGCAGGUUCACCCUCACGGCCUAAACCACGGCUGGCGCUGGCUGGCACAGAUAUUGAACAUGGAGCCCCUGGCAGACGUGACGGCCACCCUCCUCUUUGACUUCUUGGAGGUCUGCGGGAAUGCCCUCAUGAGGCAGUAUCAGGCCCAGUUCUGGAAGAUGAUGCUUCUCAUCAAGGAGGACUACUUCCCCAGGAUUGAAGCCAUCACAAGCUCGGGACAGAUGGGUUCCUUCAUACGCCUCAAGCAGUUCUUAGAGAAAUGUUUGCAGCACAAGGAGAUUCCUGUCCCCAAGGGCUUUCUGACCGCCUCCUUCUGGCGCACCUGAUGCCACUCCGUCACCCACUGUCACCGUUUUGUUGCAGAGGGGAAAUAAUAAAGCAACUGAACAUAUUUGUAUUUGGGAGAGUCAUGUCAGACUUGAAAUUUGCCAAUACGUGUUGUUACAUAUCCUUACCUUGUGUCUAGGAAAGAGAUUGUCACAGCUCACAGAGUCAGGAAGGUCUGAUGACCCCUUAAGGGACCCACAGGGCAGAGUACCUGGAUUUGGCCUGUCUCACUUUUGUUUAUUAUUAUUUUUUAUUUUUUAAGAUUUUAUUAUUUAUUUAUUUUUAGAGAGAGGAGAAGAAAGGGAGAGAAACAUCAGCAUGUGGUUGCCUCUCGUGUGCCCUUCAUUGCGACCUGGCCUACAACCCAGGCAUGUGCCCUGACUGGGAAUCGAACUGGUGACCCUCUGGUUUGCAGGCCGGCACUCAAUCCGUUGAGCCAUACGAGCUGGGGCAAGGCCUCUCAGUUUGGCAAAAAUUAUGAGAAGAGGUGUUUAGCCUUUUAUCCCAUUUUUUAUUUCCUUUGUCUCUACUAUCUUUGAGAAAUAAGGUAAUACCUUAAGUAUAUCACUGUGAGCUGAAGCGAGCCCACCCCUUUAAAGGGCCACUAAGUAAGUGGUCACCUGAAUCCUUACAUGCAGGUCUGGGUUACGGUUGCUCUGCCUUCUCAGCUUGUGAAGUAACUAGAAGUUAGGAGCAAAUGCCUGGUGUAGCCGUACACUUACCCCUAAAUGGCCCCGGGGAUGGCAGCUCAGUGUCCGGGGCUAGGACUUAGCACGCGUUACAUCGAACCAAGAAGCACUGCAUGCCCUCUUACCUGGAACUCAGUGCCCGAUGACCAGGGACACAUGGGCCAGGGCGGGUGCCCUUUUUGUUUGUUUUCCAGUUUGAAUUAAGAUGGGCAGAGAUGGGGCCACAAUACGUGUGAGCUGAGCAUUCAUGACAAUGAGUUAGGGGUAGAUAAAGGUGCUUGGGGGGGACUGAUUUUAUAUAUAUAUAUGAAAUAUAUGUAUAUAUACAUACACUAUAUGUAUAUAGGUUUUUUAUGAGUUCUGACUAAUGAAUGAUGACAGAUUUGCCUGGCCAAACCACUGCAGAAACCCAAGGCUUGGCGCUUCAGCGGUCAGCGGAGCUGUGUCUGGGGAGAGUUGCUGACUGGACCGCGGACAGAGGCGGCAGCCCGGGGCUCUUCCUCCGGACCACGGAGUGUGGGGAGGUGGGUGUUCUGAGGCAGAGCGGGGAUUCCCUGUUACUGUUGAAGUGACUUGUUCUAUAUUACUUAACUGUGGUGCCAAAAAAAAUAAGUAAUAAAGCUUGAAUUUAAAACAUC